AUAUUGUGGUUGGUGACGACUCUGCCAUCUCACCCUUACUUACCCCAUAUUUACAAUCAAAUUUUUCCGCAGCGCCUCACCAACCCACCACUCUCCCUACUUUUCUGAUUCAAAUCAAAUCCCUGAAGUCUCUGUGAAUCCAAGCUGCACAAGCUUUGAUCAGUUUCAAAGUCUUUGAAGGGAGAAACAGACCAUCCUCUAACAAUGGCCGGAGGCAGCAAGGUCUACACUUUAGCUGAGGUCUCUGCUCACAGUGACCGCAAAGACUGCUGGCUCCUCAUUGAUGGCAAGGUAUAUGAUGUAACGAAGUUCUUGGAGGACCAUCCUGGCGGUGAUGAGGUCUUAUUGGCAGCCACAGGAAAGGAUGCAAGUAAUGAUUUUGAGGAUGUUGGCCACAGCUCCACUGCUAGAGCAAUGAUGGAUGAAUAUUAUGUCGGAGACAUUGAUUCAUCAUCCAUCCCCACAAAGAGGGCGUACACUCCUCCCAAGCAGCCUUACUACAACCAGGACAAGACAACCGAUUUCAUCAUCAAAAUCCUCCAGUUCCUCGUUCCCCUGCUAAUUUUGGGUUUGGCUUUUGGUGUCCGCUUCUAUACCAAAACUUCAACAGCGUAAACGUUGAAGCGGAAAGAGAAGUGAGAAAUCUUCCCAAUAAAUUUAUGUUAGCGUUGAAAUUGGAAGACCCUUUGGUAAUUUUUGUGGUUGGAACUGUUCAUGAUAAUGGGAUGUUAGGAUAUUUGAGUUGUUUCUGGUUUUGAGUUUAUGUCUGCUUCUUUCUGGUUUGCAGUUAGCAUCCGUAUACUUUGGUGAUUUCACAAACUUGGACUUCAUGAGCUGAUUUGCCCUUACAUUGUAUGGCCCCUUGGCUUAGGGUUCAGCUUGUAAGAUCACCACUCUUUUUCAGCAUUUUUAUGUUCAUUUGUCACUGAGAAGCUUGCGUCGGGUUCCAUACCUUGGAGCAGUUGCAGUAUGCCUAUUUUGUUGGUGGUAUAAAUACAACAACAAUAA